AAGUGCUUGUUCUCAGUAACUUUUGAGUCUCUGACAGGUCUGUGUAUCUUUAAUCCUCUUAUCCUCCUGAGUCCACCAUUGUUUCUUGUCAUCAAGAUACAAUGUAAGUGCAAAGUUUAUACCUUUCUACAUUUCUUCAACAGUGGAGCAUUUUCCUCUUCAUAAAUGCGUAAAUGAGGUUUUGAAGCUUACAAGUUUCUGUAUGAUGCUUGUCUUCUAAUAUUGGAAGUAAAAGGAUGAUCUGGGCACCCAAAAUGGGGCUAUUUUCAAUACCCAUGUUGGGGUUUUUACUGUUCUGCUGCUUGGCAGUUACUGCAGAAGCAACAUACUUGAAAUACAAAGACCCAAAACAGCCUGUUGGUGUUAGGAUCAAGGACUUAAUGAACCGUAUGACUCUCGAAGAAAAGAUAGGCCAAAUGGUUCAGAUUGAGCGAAGUGUUGCAACCCCAGAUGUUAUGAAGAAGUACUUUAUUGGGAGUGUUUUGAGUGGGGGAGGAAGUGUGCCUGCUACAAAAGCUACUCCUGAAAUUUGGGUCAAUAUGGUGAAUGAGAUUCAAAAGGGUGCUUUAUCUACUCGUCUUGGAAUUCCAAUGAUCUAUGGUAUUGAUGCUGUUCAUGGUCACAAUAAUGUCUACAAUGCCACCAUUUUUCCUCACAACGUUGGUCUUGGAGUGACCAGGGAUCCUCAACUUCUCAAGAAGAUUGGAGAUGCAACUGCUCUUGAAGUCAGAGCUACAGGAAUCCCUUAUGCUUUUGCUCCAUGUAUUGCGGUUUGCAGGGAUCCUAGGUGGGGCCGAUGCUAUGAAAGCUAUAGUGAGGAUCAUAAGAUUGUCCAAGCCAUGACUGAGAUCAUUCCUGGUUUACAGGGCAAUCUCCCAGCCAAAUAUAAAAAGGGCAUUCCCUUUGUUGCUGGCAAGAACAAGAUUGCAGCAUGUGCUAAGCAUUAUGUCGGAGAUGGAGGGACGACUAACGGCAUCAAUGAGAACAAUACUGUGAUCAGUUUGGGUGGAUUGCUCAGCAUCCACAUGCCUGCAUACUAUGACUCCAUUAGAAAGGGUGUUGCCACUGUUAUGGUAUCUUAUUCGAGCUGGAAUGGCAAGAAGAUGCAUGCCAAUCAUGAUUUAGUCACUGGCUUCCUCAAGGACAAGCUGAAGUUCAGGGGUUUUGUCAUAUCAGACUGGCAGGGUAUCGACAGGAUCACCUCUCCUCCACAUGCCAACUAUUCAUAUUCUGUUGAAGCUGGAAUUAGUGCUGGGAUUGAUAUGGUCAUGGUUCCCUAUAACUAUACGGAGUUCAUUGAUGAUCUAACCAAUCAGGUCAAGAACAAGAUUAUCCCCAUGAGUAGAAUUGAUGAUGCUGUGAGAAGGAUCUUAAGGGUUAAAUUUGUCAUGGAUCUCUUUGAGAAUCCGAUGGCUGAUCUCAGCCUGGCCAACCAACUUGGGAGUAAGGAACAUAGAGAAUUGGCUAGGGAAGCAGUAAGGAAAUCACUUGUGCUUCUGAAGAACGGUAAAUCUAGCAAUAAGCCUUUACUACCCCUUACCAAGAAAACAACCAAGAUACUAGUUGCUGGAACCCAUGCCAACAACUUGGGCUAUCAAUGUGGAGGCUGGACAAUCACAUGGCAGGGUCAAGGUGGAAAUGAUCUCACAAUAGGGACCACAAUCCUCAAGGCUAUCAAGAACACGGUUGACCCAUCCACUCAAGUUGUUUACAAUGAGAAUCCUGACACAGACUUUGUUAAGUCCAACAAAUUCUCCUAUGCCAUUGUUGUUGUGGGUGAGCCACCAUAUGCUGAAACAUUUGGUGACAGCAUGAAUCUGUCAAUAUCUGAACCUGGUCCAAGCAAUAUCAAUAGUGUCUGUGGGGCAGUCAAAUGUGUUGUUGUUGUCAUUUCUGGUCGGCCAGUGGUGAUCCAACCAUAUCUCCCAACUAUUGAUGCACUAGUGGCUGCUUGGCUUCCAGGAACUGAAGGCCAAGGUGUUGCUGAUGUUCUGUUUGGCGACUAUGGUUUCACAGGGAAGCUUGCCAGGACAUGGAUGAAGACUGUUGAUCAGCUCCCCAUGAAUGUAGGUGAUCCCCAUUACGAUCCCCUAUUCCCAUUUGGAUUUGGUUUAACGACUAAACCCCACCAGGCAGAACCUAAAUCCCAUUAGAGCUUGAUUUGCAUUUUGCCUGGUUUCUUCAUGGAAGAAUUUGUUAGAAUCCCUUCAUUGUUAUUUCAAUACAAUAAACAAUUCCAGAAUGUCACGACUCACUCUUGGGUGUAGUUUUGCUUGUUCAUCUGCAUGAGAUGGUGCAUAGGUAUUUGUGAGGCUAGUAAGGUUAAAUUUUUAGUACCAUGUUAUUAAAAAAAGAGUAAUGAU